GCUACCAACGGACAGACCCCCUUCCUGAUAGAGAACUUGUCUUUCAGUGACAGGGUGACCCUGGUUUCGGUCAUGCAAACCAGACCCCAGGAACUACCUGACAAGAUCAAAGAGCUCGCCACCAACAUCCUGGAGGUCUGCAGAAAGUCAGCCAUUGAGAACAGAGAGAUUAGCCUCAUCAUCUCCAAGGCCGAAAAUGUCAUUCUCAACCUCCAUGGCUAUGAUACCUCACAUCUGGACAGCGCAGGACAAAUCUCCACAAGCGAUGCUGGUGACACGUUCAUCAAUACAUACAUUAGCAGCAUCGCACUCACUCCUGCAGAGCUAGAAUACUUCCAAAAGAGGGAGGUAAUUCGAAGGGAGUCUGCCCACAUCGACAUCUCCACUACGGCUAGAGGCACGACCUACACGUUCGGAAAGAAUAGCUCGUUCUUGCUUCUGGCAUCGAGUACCUGGACGGAGAAGGCUGUACAGCGUGUCCAUAACCGCCUAUGGAAGCUGGACUCCUUCAAUUACACAACACCUAUUAGUGUCGACGCAUACAUGGCGCUGGCAGGGCUUACCAAUGCAGACAUAGACAACUGCCGCACCGCUGCCAGGAAUGCUACUAUAUACUUCCCUGCCGAAAGAGCUGGCCUUGAUGCAGAUUUCCCCCCAAUUUCCAAUUUGGAGAAGGGGAAAUGUACCAAGAGGCCGCUGCUGCACCAGAAGGGGAUUCCGAAGUUCCCAGCAGACCUACAAGAAUUGAAGAAGAUGUGGAAUGCGGGAAGACCCUUCCUCAAGUGCCCCUGUCCUGGUUGUGAGAUAAACUUCACAUGGGUGGACCACAUGCUCUGAUACGUGAUCGGCAACCUUGACAAGCUGGACCCGCAAGCACCGUCCGACAAGAUCAGGAUGUUAGAAUUCCAGGCACUGCUGCAAACUUCUUGGAAGAGGCCAAUCCUGGCACGGAUCACAUUCAUCUUCAUGAGAGAAUACAUGAUGAAGAUCCUGCACCUCAUCACAUAAAACAAAGCCAUCACCGCCGA